AUGGCGGCUGCCGCUGUGUUCGUUGCGGGUGCUGGCGCGGCGUAUCUAUACAAGUGGGGGUUCGACCUCUACAGAUUCAACAGGGAGGCGUGGAUGACGGACCUGCAGACAGAGCAGAUGAACACCUAUCAGGGCGACAACCUCUUCAUACACAUGUCCAGCAUGGAUCGCGAAGAGGUGCGGGAUCUGAUGGAGGCCGGUGUCAGCAGGCUGAACAAUGCCAUUUUGCUGACCACGGUCAUUUUGUCGCUGGCGGGGGAGAUGCUCUUCCAGGCGCAGAUGCCGAGCACUGGGUACAAGGUUGUGCUGAACGCCUACAUGCUCUGCCUGUGCAGCGCCUGCUGCCACCUGGUGCUCGCGAUCUUCUUCGGGCUCGUUGCCGCCGUCAAGGCGAGCGAGACGACCGCGACCCUGCUGGGGGAGAGGAUACGCCCCAGGUGGGAUGACCACUUCAAGGUGCUGCAGCGUAGAGUACGCACAGAGAACACUGCGGCAUUCGAGCAGCAGCCCCUGGACGCCAUCUUCAGGCUGCCCCUGCUCUCGCGCAUCGCCCCCGGAGCGCCGCUCGAGACCGAGCCGGCCGACGCGGCGUCGCCCGUCAGGAGGUAUUACAACACCAGCUUCGCGCUGGAGAGCACGGUCCGCCUAGGGCUCUCCAAGUCGCUGGACGUGGCGUCGCCGAGUGAGAGGAGUACGCCCUGCAGCGCCACCAGCGUGGCCCAGUCGGAGUGGCAGCGGUCCGAAAACUCGUGGAAACCCCUGACGAACUGCAUGUUCAAGUGCGCGGCGUUCGGCACCACGAGCCUGCUGGAGGCGUGCCACUACCUGUGCCUGGGGAUGCAGUACAGCGAGACCUACUCAGACCCGGCGGCGUGGGGUUUCUGCGUGGUCCAUGUGAAUUUUACGUUUCUCAUUUGGUUGAUGUUCUGGUUCCUCAUAGGGAAGUUGAAAACUUGGAAGACGCACGACACGUUCAAGUGUAGGCUCCUCCGGUGGGUGUUUGGCUGGACGUUCACUGGUAGCGACGCUGCCUUAGCACUCUUUCUGACGGCUGGACCAUUCUUUGUGCUCAUGGCAGUGUGGACAUCUACAGAAGUGGUUGACAAAAUAUGCGACCCGCUAUGCUAUCUAAGUCAUUUCUGUGCAAAUGUGCUCGGUGGCGGAUAUUUCUGUUCAUGUUCUGCGAGGACUUCACGGAGGGGGACGAGGACGCCAGCGGCAGCCCCUCGUCGGGUGCGGCAUCACCGCGCAGGGCGUCGCCGGUGGGCGGGAGGUUGA